AGAUGCUGCCCUGGACUCAGUUGGUGUUGGUCUUUCUUAGCGUGGUGCAGGCUGUGGUAAGCUGCCCCGAUGUCUGCAAAUGCUCCAGGAAGUCCAACCCAGAAAAGUCCGAAGUCAACUGUCAUAAAAAGGGUCUUCGUAGCCUUCCCUCCAAUCUGCCGCCGGAUGCUUGGAUCCUCAAACUGGGUGAGAAUGGCAUAACAACCCUAAAGGCCAAUUCAUUUAGAUCAGCGCCCAGGAUUGAGAGCAUCAACCUGGAACGAAAUGCAAUCAAAUCCAUCCACCCCAAAGCCUUUUCUGGUGUCAAGCAACUGAUGCUGCUCAACCUUUAUGGCAACCACAUCACAGUGCUCCCCCCACGGGGGUUUCAGGAUCUCCUGAACCUUCGUUUCCUCAUGCUGGGCCAGAACCAGAUUGGGAUUCUCAAAUCUGAGAUGUUUGCUGGCAUGAGGAACCUCUCAGACCUCGAUCUACCUCUUAAUGCGCUGACAGUGCUUCCAUCUAACGCCUUCAAACCUUUGAUUGCCCUCAAAGUGUUGGACCUUUCCCUGAAUCGAAUCCAAAGGAUCUCUCCCAAAGCCUUCACUGGACUCAGACAGCUCCUGUUCCUUAAUCUGGACAACAACAGUCUGAAAACUGUCCCAUCUGGAGCAUUCCGGCCGCUGGGAUCACUGGAGAUGCUGGUUCUGGACAACAACCUCCUGUCAACACUGAGCCAGUCAGCUCUGGAUGGCCUUAGCAACCUGCAGGAGCUCUACCUGAGGAACAAUGAGCUGGAGCAGCUGCCAUCUGGUGCGUUCAGCAACGUGCCCAACCUCUCCCAGCUUGGACUCAGUGGAAACCGCCUGAAGACAGUGGAUGGAAACAUGUUCAGCCAUAUGCCAGCGCUGAGGAAGCUGUACCUGCAUGAGAACCCGUGGCAGUGCGACUGUAACAUCAUCUCCCUGGUGAGGUGGAUGGGACAGACCAAGGCCGCAAUGUCGCCCCGGGACGCCCUGAAAUGCGCGAGCCCACCACAGCUGAAGAACAAGAACCUGAGCAGCCUGCGGCCGGCGACGCUGCAGUGCAGCGCCUAACGUCCAGGAGCAGUCCCCUCCAUGAGGACACAUUAAUAUGCCAAAACCAACUUACUUUUUAGUAUUUUUUUUGUUCUAAGCUACAGUGUGGGGAAUGUACACACCAAACUCCUAUCUAAUGUAAUAUUUAUAAUUUCAUCUAGAACCUCUGAGCUGAUGUGUUGUUUCAAAUUCCAUGUAUGUUUUUUUUUUUUUUGCUUCUCUUUGUGAAUGUUUCUGACAUCAAACAGCAUUAAAAUCUCUUUGCUGCCAAAGAUUUUAAUUGGACAGAGUGAGGACUGUCUCCACCAACGCAGAGCACGUCUGCUUCCUAAGCUCUUAAAUUCAGCUGUGAGAUGAACAUUAAUCUCAUAAUCUCAUAUUUUCCAAAGAAUCUAUCCAAGUAUGGAAAGUGAGGGAUUACAUGCAAAAGGAUUACAUUAAUCUUGUUCGAGAAGAGUCCCUUACAUUUUUGUAUUUGGAGCAGGAAGUUGAGAAAGGAAGACUUCUUGUUCGGUUUAAUGAAAUUAAGCUAAAAUAAAAAUGGAGGCAGGUCCUGUCAGGCUGUUAAAUCGGUAUUCUUUAAAAUGAACAACAAAUGGUAAAUAUGGUGCAUAUGUUCAGUCUUGAUCCUGCAGUAUUUUGUUUUUUCUUUAGCUUUGAUCUGCGACAAGACGUCCAAAGCUGUCAACAGCAUACCAUUGACACUCUAGAAGAUGUUAGUGGCAGCAUCAUGCUGUGGGAUGGUUUUCUUCAGCAGGAACAAGAAAGCUAAUCAGAGAUGAUUUAGAGAUGAAUUCUGCUAAACGCUGGACAAUAAUGGAAGAAAACCGGUUGGAGUUUUCAAAAAACUUGAACCUGGGGCGUAGGUUCACCUUCCAAUAUGGCAGCUAGAGACGUUUCACUAAAG